AUGGAUUACUUAUGGCCACAAGAAAGACUGCUAAAAAUAUUUAGUAAAAGUUCAAUUCGUUUAGCGGUUGCGCAUGCAUCGGGCGAUGGCGUCUUAAAUAGAUGUUGUAGGUUGUGCGGAAGCGAAAAUAAUCUUCGAUGCUUUUGCACUUCUUAUAUGUGGGAAGGGGUAGAAGAGAGGUACGAUCAGAUGCUGUUCAGUAGCUUUGGAAUAAGAGUAUCGCCCCCAGAUUGCCUGGUCUGUGAGAAUUGUAUCAGACAACUUCGGAAUAUACAUAGAUUUCGAAGCUUGGUUUUGGCUGCCUUUGCAAGAGCUUCCAGUGAAUAUUCCACGCGUUUAUCACAAAAAAGUGGAAAAGGAAGUCUGAAGGCAAAAAUCAAAUGCAAGAAAUCGUCAAUUUCGGAAUAUCUGAAAAAUGAUUCGAAGGCGUACGUGAAACAGGCCAGUUCAAAGAAGUCCUCUUUAAACACGAAUGUUCAACUCAAAAGGACAAAUGUGGCUUGUUCUAUGUGUAAGCAAAGGUAUCCCAUGUUGCUACCAACGAAAACAUCGAAGAUCUUCAUAUGUUCGCGUUGUAAAAAGAAAUCGGCACCCCGUAAUACAAUAUGCAGAAAGUGUAAUAUUAUAUUGCCGGCAAAUAAAUUACGCGAACAUUUGGAAAUUCACACGAGGAACGAAAUGAAACGAAAAAGCAGAUUAAGUUUAGGUUCAAAAAACAUAAAUCAAGGAAGAACAGACGGCAAUUUUCCCCUAUUACAUCAACACUAUUGCGCCGAAUGUCCCAAAAAAUAUACAGUCGCGCAGCAUCUGGCAGCACAUGUGCAGAGAGAGCAUAGAAAAAAGUCAGAUUAUCUAUGCGCUAUCUGUGGGAAGGACCUAAAAUCACGAGAAAUGCUCGAUCGUCAUAUGAGGACGCACACGGGCCAACCCGUAUAUCAAUGCGAUGUGUGUUUACGGUAUUUUAAAGGCAAGGAAAGUUUUCAAUCGCAUUAUUUGUCACACGGAAAAUGA